AUGGCUCCCGCCCUCGAGCCCGGAGACUUCGAGCGGCUCCUGGACGCCGUCCCGGCCCUCGUCCAGCACCUCGACCACAAGGCGCGCAGGGACGUAGCGGCCACGUCGUGGUCGGCGUUCCUGGCCACGCUCAGGCACGCGGACGCUCAGCUCCUCAUCACCGGCCACGGACACCUCCUCCGCGCCCUUGCGCGGCAUGCCAAGGCGCGCAGCGUCGCGUCCGCGUCCCAGCUGCUCCUGCCGGGCCUCUUCGGCGCGUCGCUCCCGGCCUCGGACGCGUUCGCCCUCCAUCGGGCCCUCAAUUCGUGCCCGGAAGUCUCAUUGUCUCAAUCUGCGAGGCACAACCAAGUCCUGGCUCUGGAAAGACUCCUCGAAGCGUCCGAGGCCGCGGGGCGCCCGCUGCACGUGCUCCGCCUGGUCGACAGCAAGCCGCGCAGCCACCGGCUGCACUCCUGGCGUCGCAGCACGCCGUGGACGGCCACGAACGACCUCCGCACUCUACACGCGCUGCGGCGGGUGUUGCGCCGCAGUUCCGUGCGGCUCCACCUCCGCGAGCUGCGUGUGGGCCCGCUCAGGAUCGUGGACGACGACGCCGAGCUCGCGGCGGCUCUGUGUCGCGCGGUCGCCGGGGUGCAACGCCUUGAGGAGCUGGAGGUGUGUGGGGUGUUCUUCAGCGACCGUGGAGGCGAGGCGCUGCGCUGGGCGGCGAAGAGGCUGCCGGCGCUGCGCACGCUCCGGCUGUUCGACUGCGGGAUGACGCGCGCGGGCGUGCGCGAGCUGAACCGGAUGCUGCGCCGCGCAACGACGCUGACGCGGCUCGACGUCGACGGGGGGGAGUAUUUCGUGUACGGCGGACUCACGCAGGCGGCCUGCGUGGCCAAGAUGGCGGCGUGGGCGCUCAGCAGCGCGGCCGAGGACGUGCGCGAGCAGCUCGCGGACUUCGACGGCGAUGAUCUCGAAUACGCGGAGCACGCAGAGGACCUGUUCGAGGAGCCGUGGGAGCGCAUUGCGCGGUCCGCAACGAUCCGCGUGCCCGAGAUGUUCCUGGAGCGGGGCUGGGAGGCCGCGGCCGAGCGCUGGGCCCGCGUGUCGUGGGCGGACGAGAUCAUCGCCUACAGUCUGGGCGAGCGCCCGCGCGUGCCGAGCAUGGGCAUUCUGCGGGGCGCGGCGGGCAGCGCCUCCCUGCGGACGCUGCGCGUCCGCCGUGGCGUGCCCCUGCCGGCCGAGCGCAGCCUCGCCGCGGCGCGCUUGCCGCUUCCGGAGCCGGCCGCGUGGCGGUGUCUUGGCGCCCUGCACACGCUGACCGUCAGCGGAUACCUGGGCGUCGCGGACGUGGUCGGCGCGAUCUGCAAGGCCCUGGCGCACCAGUCCUCGCUGCAGGAGCUCGACUUCUCGGGCCUCACGAGCGUGUCGCACGGCGACGUGCAGGCGCUCGCGGACGCGCUGCACACGGGCGCGCUGGGACGCUCCCUGCGGACGCUGCUGCUGUCGGGCAUCCCGGUGCUGGGCGAGUUCGCGAGCAUGAAGGCGCUGCUUGACGGCCUGCAGGGCAGCGCGGCCCUCGAGAAGCUCGACGUGUCGCAAGCGUGCCACUACGACGCGGCGGGCGUCCUGGGUGCCCUGCUGGGCUCGCUGCUCGGCGGCGACGGCUGCGCGCUCACGGAGCUGAUCCUGACCAACUGCGAGGUCGGCGACAAGUGGGCGGUCGAGCUUGCGCGGGGCCUGCGGCGCAACAGGACGCUCGCGGUUUUGAACCUGCAUCGCAGCGUGGGGCUCGGGAGCGUGGGCGUGACCGCGAUCGCGGAGGCCCUGGGGCCGGAGGGGGCGCUGCAGGACCUGCGGAUCGACCCGGACGGCCCGGUCUUCGUCGCGAGGGGUGUUUUGGAGGGGCCUGUCGAUGACGACGUGUGCAGGGCGCUGGCGCGCGCGGUGGACCGCGGCGCGCCGCUCAGGACGCUCGGGCUCUUCAACUGCGGCACGAUGACCUUCGCGGGGCUGUGGUGGCUGAUCACGUCGCUGCAGGACCGGCGGGACGGCGUCGCGCGCGAGGUGGUGGUGUCGACGCUGGCGCUGGACAGGGACGGCGGGCAGCUGCGGAGCUGGGCCGAGGCGCGCGGGCUGCUGGGGGGGCGCGCGGGGAGCGGCGUGCGCGUGCGUGAGAGCGCGGAGGUGCGGUACGCGGUGUAUAUGGACCAGGAGUUGCUGCAGGUGCUGCAGCAGCUGCCGCAGGCGCUGGCACAGGCCAUGCUCGGGUGA